AUGCACGUGCCGGAUCCAUGCACUCACCGGAGAGCUUCCAAGACAUUACGUCGUGGAUGGCCUAGCCGUCUAGCCGCCCUAGAUACAACUUCUCUGCAAUCGAUUUCAACACGACUCCAGAUCUUUCGGCUCUUGAAUUACGCCACGUCGUGCCACGCGCGCCGUGGUAUUGGCACUCCUGCUCUACGUAGUUCUUCGACUUCGACCGAUCGAUUUCCAAAGAAGCUGAGGUUUGAAAACAAAUUAAAAGAGGAGAGGAACGGCGGAAGGGAGUGCCGUCCAUCAUCCCCGCUGCCACCUACAUCAUCUCCUGAUCUAAUUGUCAGCUGGGCUGCCAACUCCCGUCAGCUGAUCGAUACAGAUUUAUAUCCUAAUAUUUACAACCUCGUACAGCAGGACCAAAGGCAUGAGAUCAAGGUGAGUGACCUAUGGGCCGAAGAUGAUGUCAUGGAUGGGCAAGCUUCAGGCGAAGAGAGUGCUUAA